GAUUUUCAAAAAAAUGCUUUUUGGACCUAUUUUUAUUUUCAUCUUGUGCAGUUUCUCAGGAAAGCUGCCUAGAAGUUAGCUCACACCUGUGUAGGAUGACUUCUUCUCCAAGUGUUGCCCUGAGCCUGUUCCAGGAUUGGGUGAACAAACCCAGUCCCUUGCUGCCCCAUCUGCCUUGAUGAUUUGAUUGGUAUUGUGUUUUUAAAACAAUCAGCAAAAUAAUUUGCACUGCAGAGUCCUUAGUAGGUCUUUUUAAUUGGACAGUUAUUCAUAUUAAUAAAAAUCAAAAGCAGCAUACAAUCAUUUAAUGUCCCAGCACUGGAGUAUAUCCAACUGUUUUCCUCUUUGGGGUUCCACUUUAGUCACUGUCUGUAUGCAUGCAUAAAUUUUUACAUAGUUGCAACCACUGCUUUUUUUUUUUUGUAGCUGUGGUUAUUGGCAUCUAGUUUUCCAAGUAACAUUGACACACAUCUGUUCAAAUCAAUUGAUGUUCCCAUCAUGACUGACUCAUUUGGCGGGGAAAACAAGUUUACAUGCCAAUUGGAACAAAGAAGCAUGGGUAUCAGGGAGCAGCAGGGAGAAAGAAAUGGUGGGAGAGGGUUAUUUUGACUUACAGAUCAUAAAACAUUUUCCAAUAACAUUUUUAAAGGAUGUAUAAUAUUACACGGAGUGAUUGAUUAUAUUUUAUCCCAUGUUGUGGGACAUUUGGGUGGUUUUCAAUACCUAGUGAGUUUAGAAUGCAUAUAAAUUACAGGAUUUGAGAGAUGACUGUAUUUUCUUGAAACAGAAGUCUUCUGUGUCCAGAUCCAGGCCAAGAGUGUUGAUGCAGUGUUCCUUUGUUGGAAAAAAAGUCAUUACUGCUAACUGGAAAUGCUGGAUGCCUUCAAAAAAUAUCCUUGUGAUUAAAAUAGUUUAAGUUAUGUUCAAUUCUAGCUUAUAAAUGUAACCUAUAUAUCUUGUCCCACAACUUACAGAAAUGUGGAAUUUUAAAUUUAGAGCCUGACUAAACUUUUCCUAGUUUAUGGGCCACAUCUGUCUAAUAAACUUAAUACAAGGCUGUGUGCACGCAGCUUCCUAACAAAUAACAUGUGCUGGGAAAAGAUGAGAGAACAAUGGAAAGGUGCCUCCUUGAAGGUGGUAACAUUGAAUCAAUUGAUCUGCUGACUAUAAGUGGAUUCCUUUCACACUCCCAUACAUUAUGAUGCACAUUUAGCAACGUAGAAAAACAAUUUGAAUGAAUACCUUAGAGAGUUAAAGAGAAUUUAUAGUCUGGAACGAACUGCCAUCUUCUUAAUUGACACGAAAAUGUUUGGCUAAAAUAUUGCUUUAUUCACAUUUUUGUCCUUGGAGGAAAAUCUAGGCACACUGCAACUUCGACCGUGUGAAUAAUGGUGUAAGAUGACUGCUUUAAGUCAGAAAAAGGGCACUACGCAGUCCGAAGGCUGUGUGGACGCCCUCUAGCUCGAUGCCUCUUGGGGGCCUGGGGCCAAGGGCCACAGCGCAUCUGGAAGGCAAUGCCCCCAAUCCGGAUCGUGGCUCCCACCCUCCGCCACUUGCAGUCCCCAACCGGCCGGGUCUCUCACCUGGGUCUCGCUGGAGGAGCCGGAGGGCGCGGGCAUGGUCCUCCCGUGGGAUGGGCGCUGGCUGCUGCCAGGCCUCCUUCUGGCUCGAGGGGACCCGUCCUGAGCAGGGAGAGAGGGAGAAGAUGAGAGGCGCGGGGGCAGUCUCGAGGUGCCUUUCCCACCCUAAGCGCAAAGCCAGGCGGGUGCGGGAACCUGUUCGCCGUUCAGGCCUCGGGAUUGCGGGCCUGCGGGGCCCUGGGCCGGCCGCGAGCCAACUCUUAGGAUUCGUGGUCCGGGAUCGAGGCCGGAGCGGGGCAGCGGCGGCCGCGGGGAGCCGGGCUGGCCCUAAGCAGCCGGCUGGCAGCGCCCCCGGAGCCCGAGGGUCCGCGGCGGCCGGAAGGGCCCCGACCCGCCCGCGCCGGCCUCAGCGCAAGGGAGUCUGGGAGAGCGCGCGUGGGGGCGGCGGGAGCCUGAGCCCCAGCUGGGUCUGCCUGGAACCCCGGGCUCCCCAAACCCGACUUCCUCCUGCUCCUCCUCCAGGGGUCCCACUCCCGGCCCCCGGGAAGACAGUUCCAGGCAGCCCGUACAGACCAGAGGGGUUUUCACGUCUUUGGUUUCUUUUAGGAUGACAGAAAGCGUGGCAAAGAUUCCACACCUCUCUCUGUCUUUGCCAAGAGUCCUUGACCUGCCCAUGCGCUGGAUCAAACCAAAAACCUAAAGUGAUUUUCACAGGCAAAGUGUGACCUCAGCCAGAGAAUGAGUCCUCUCUUUUCUAGGCCGGCUCUCAAGCUCCUAGCCUAGACUGGGGGGUGGGGGGCGCAGAGUGAGGGGUGGAGAAGGCUUUCGAGGUCCACUGGCAACAGUGCCCGGAGUUCGGCAGGCACGGAGGGCCCCAGAGUCGACAGCUCAGGGGCUGCCAUUUUCUCAGGAGCUGUCCAGCCAGUGCCCUGCCGGCGGGCCAAUCCCUUGUGGGCGGGCCCCCGGGCGACCGCGGUGGCCUUGGGGCAGCGCCUCCAGAGUGGAAUUCUGGUACCCGAUUUUGGGAGAUAGGGCAAGAAGCAGCUUGAAACGCUGAGCCUCAUUCCACAGCCACCCCCUCGGGUAACCUCGCUCCCUGCAGGCCUCAGAUCACUCAGGUCAGCGCCUGUCCACGCGGCAGCCUGGGAUUCACCGGCGGGCCAGGCACUGCGCCUCGCCAGAUCUCGACAGAAGCUCCCCCCAACAGAGACAGGGAGAAGAGUGGGGAAGGUGUCGAGAAGGGGCCAGAAACAUUCUCUUUCCUGGACUCCAGUGUCCCUUCCACAUGCAGGACGUGAGUCAUUUACCAGGAGCCGCACUGCGGCCUGGCGACUGCUUGCAAUGGGUCACCUUAAGGCUUCCCCUUAUUUCUUUUCCAACUACUCCCCUCCUCGCCGCCCCACACCAUUUAAUUGCUGAGACUUGAAGGUAGUCUUUCUUCGUUUUUUGUCCUGUGAGUGGUAGUCUAGGUGAUCAGGAGGGUUCUCCGCCCCCCCCCCCCUCGUUUAAAUUUUACCCGGACAGGGAAAGGAGUGCUAAAAGGCAGUUUCUUU